GCGGGCGAGCGGGCGCCGUGCGCUUGUCCCGCGGCCGAGCUGCUAAUAAAGUUACGGCGCGUGCACGGCGCAGCGACGGCGUGAGGAGAGCGCGCCCGGACGGCGGGGAGGGGGAUACUUGUACUCCUGGGUACACAUGCAGUGCUGGAGGACAGCACAGUGGCAUUGGAGUGGAUGCUGUAGACUUCGGCUUUCUGUGCUUCAGAGGCGCAUGAAGAGCAGCAGUGAUUUUGUUGUAAUUGAAAGGAGAGCACUGUGAAGGAGAUUGGCCAGCUCUGUUUCUGGCCUUGUGCCUGCAAGCCUGAACAAGCACAGUCUACUUCUGGUGGCAAGGUAUCUGUGGAGGAGACAGCUGUCAUCUUCUGGAGCUGGAGUAGUUAACAGGUGUUUGUGAGCCAGCUGAGGUGGGGGUUAGGAUCUUCGGCAAGAACAAUAUGCUUCUCUAACCUCUGAGACAUCUCUCCUGCCCCAAGAUGCCUAUGAAGAAUUUUGGGGAAAAAAAUGGACUUGAAAGAAGCAUGUGGCACCUGUAAAGUUAAAUGUCACUCCUUGUCGCCACUUGGACCGUCUGCUUGAGACCUGAAUGUGACUUUCCAUCUGUGAUCUUGGCUUCUCAUAUCUACUGACUUUGAUUACAGAAAAGUCUCUGAAGAUUCAUAUCAAAUGACGUCAAUGGCCAGCUUGUUUUCUUUCACUAGUCCAGCCGUGAAGCGAUUGUUGGGCUGGAAACAAGGUGAUGAGGAAGAAAAAUGGGCAGAAAAGGCAGUCGAUGCUUUAGUGAAAAAGCUGAAGAAGAAGAAGGGCGCCAUGGAGGAGUUGGAGAAAGCCUUGAGUAGCCCAGGGCAGCCAAGCAAAUGUGUCACUAUCCCCAGGUCCUUGGAUGGGCGCCUGCAAGUUUCUCACAGAAAAGGCUUACCCCAUGUUAUAUAUUGCCGUGUUUGGCGCUGGCCAGAUUUGCAGAGUCAUCAUGAGCUAAAGCCAUUGGAUAUUUGUGAAUUUCCUUUUGGAUCUAAGCAAAAGGAAGUCUGUAUCAAUCCAUACCACUAUAAGAGAGUGGAAAGUCCAGUCUUACCUCCAGUGUUAGUGCCUCGCCACAACGAAUUCAAUCCGCAGCAUAGCCUUCUGGUUCAGUUUAGGAACCUGAGCCACAAUGAACCGCACAUGCCACACAACGCCACGUUUCCGGAUUCCUUCCAGCAGCCCAACAGCACCCCUUUCCCCUUGUCUCCUAACAGCCCCUACCCCCCUUCCCCCGCCAGCAGCACAUACCCCAGCUCCCCAGCAAGCUCUGCACCAGGAAGCCCGUUUCAGCUCCCAGCUGAUACACCUCCUCCUGCCUAUAUGCCACCCGAGGAUCAGAUGGGACAAGAUAACUCCCAGCCCAUGGACACAAGCAGUGCCGUCAUUCCUCAGAUCAUGCCCAGCAUAUCCAGCAGAGAUGUUCAGCCUGUUGCCUAUGAAGAACCCAAACACUGGUGUUCAAUUGUCUACUAUGAACUGAACAACCGUGUAGGGGAAGCUUUCCAUGCAUCUUCUACUAGUGUGUUAGUAGAUGGAUUCACAGACCCUUCAAAUAACAAAAGUCGAUUCUGCUUGGGUUUGCUGUCAAAUGUGAACCGUAAUUCAACCAUUGAAAACACUAGGCGGCAUAUUGGAAAAGGUGUUCAUCUGUACUACGUUGGUGGGGAGGUGUAUGCCGAGUGUCUUAGUGACAGCAGCAUCUUUGUUCAGAGUAGAAAUUGCAACUUCCACCAUGGCUUCCACCCCACCACUGUCUGUAAGAUUCCCAGCAGCUGCAGCCUUAAGAUUUUUAACAAUCAGGAAUUUGCCCAGCUUCUGGCUCAGUCUGUCAACCAUGGGUUUGAGGCCGUGUAUGAGCUCACCAAGAUGUGCACCAUUCGAAUGAGUUUUGUCAAGGGCUGGGGAGCAGAGUACCAUCGACAGGAUGUUACUAGCACUCCAUGCUGGAUUGAGAUUCACCUCCAUGGGCCUCUUCAGUGGCUGGAUAAAGUCCUUACUCAGAUGGGCUCUCCUCUGAACCCCAUUUCUUCUGUUUCAUAGUGCAGAAGUAUUCUUUUCAACUAUAUUUUUACUGGACUUGUUUUAAUUUUAGAAGAAUUUCCAGUACAGAUGCUGUGAGCUGACAUGGAAAAACAGAUAUUAUUGCUUAUUUUUUCUACAUAAUUGUGACCAACACAUUUGUAUUUUGUGAUGAAUUUACAUUUGUUUGUAUUCAUGUUCAUUGUAACUUUCAAAAGUAUUGUAAACAAUGUAGAGUAUUUUGCCCCCAUUGAGAAGUUUGGCAUUGAUGUUAAACUGGAACGUACUUUUGUUUAUUGUCCCAACCGUUUUUUACAAGGCAGUGCACCACAUAAUGAAGAUUUUCCUGGAAGAGGGCAUGGAAUGUGGAAAGUCCUAGGCAAUGAGUUUCUAGUCAGGUCUUUGUCCUGCCACCUUUGAAAAAGCAUAGUACAUUGUUUUGCAAAGACAUGGUAGGAGCUUAAAGGAAACUAUUGAAUCUCUAUUUGAAGGAUACUGUGCACUCCUGAUGUGUUUGGUGAAAGCAAGGUGGUGGAUCUCUAGAUGUCAUAAUUGACGUUUAGUGUAGCUGGUGUUUGUCAGUGUAAUGUGACUCUGUGCUAUAUAUCAUUUGUAAAACAUUUCCUUUUUAAAAAUGUCUAUUAUCUGUCAUUUACUCAAGUUUGUCAUAAGUUUUAUUGAACAGUUCAGUGUGUACAUGGCCUUGUUCAGCUGUGUUUGCUGCUUUGGGCCAGUGUUUCAAGAACUCUAAUUUUAAUGUGCAUUAACCUUUUCAUUUUGCACUUUCAUGGGUGACAGUUUUAGUGUAACCUGCACUAGAACAGUCAGGUGACCUGAUGUUAGCUCUUCCCUUUACUUCCUUGGCACUCCUUUGUAUCAGCACUGCCAUUUAGAGAUUCCAGUUGUGCUACAUGAUGCUUUUCCUAGCUUUUAUCUUUUAAUCUAAUGUAUGAAGUUGUUAUUCUGUAGCUCCAACUAAGGUGCCUGUUAAUUCCCUACAAUUUUAUGGGUAUUAUUAAUGUUGAAAGAUCAUAUACUUAAUACUGUUGCUCUUACACCAGACUUUCCAUACAAGGACCUAUGCAGUGUGGCCAUCAGGCUCCUUGGGUGGGUCCUGAGGAUGAGACUCCUGGUGUGCUGGUGACUGAGUCAUCAGAGGGGUUGGGAUAGCGCAUUUGUAACGUCAUGUAACAAAGAAUGUAGAUUUGUCUCUCAGCAUCAAUGCUUUGCCCUUUUCUUUUAUUCUUUUAGAGCCUACCUUGAUGCUAGUCUCCAGAACACCAUCUUGGAUGUCAAUGCUCUAAGACACCCAUUUAGUUCACUGUGCCUUUGGCCUUAGGGAACAGUCAGACGGACAGUUUUGGCCUGAGAAUGAAGACACUACUUUGAUAAAGAAAAAAAUAAUUUCCCUAUCAGAACGAGAAGCUUGAUUUCCUGGUGCCACUUUAUUCUGCUGCUGAAAAUGUUAUUUUGGUUUGACUUUUUAUAAUGCCCUUCCUGCCGUUAUGGGAAAAACAGCUUUUUGGGGUGUGGGGGUGGGAGAGGCAUGAGUCCCCUUGUUUUCUAUGUCAUUAUUUAUUGCCUUUCAGAGUGUAGCCAUUGGGUGGCUUCAUUUCUUCCAAGAAGUGCUUUGCUGGGCCUUCAGUAGCUUGAGCCUUCAUGGCGCAGUCUUUAGAGCAAGUUUGCAGGUCUCAAGUUGAAUGACAGGUACCCGUCUGUGAGCUCUGCUGAAGUCUGGAAACAAGUGCCUUGCUGGUUCCUUUGUUCGACAGUGAGUUGGUUAUGUUGUUUGUCCACAAUCAUGUCACAGCCCUCCGGGUUGCAGGGUUCUGUGUGAAUGGUAGGACUGAAGCUCUUAGCUGUCCAGAGUUUCAUGGAGAAGUCUAAACCUAUUUCCUAAAAGUUGUCAACAUCACAUAUGUGUCUGUAAAUGAAAAGUGCAGUCUGUCUGCCUGCUCCUGUAAUGUCUAAGGACAUAAUUACGUCUGUGUGUAGGAAAAAAAAAAGUGCGCAAAGCAAGUGCAGAACUCUGGCCCGCAAGAAGCAGUUCUUGUAAAGAAGCCUUUCAGAAGGGUGUGGCUGCUUGGCAUCUGUGAGGAAUGCUUGUCAUCAGACCCAGAGCAGCAGCAGUAAGUCUCUCUGUGAUGAGUCUCCUGCAGCCCGGACUGGCAUUGACCGGCGCUAACUUGCUGAGGGUGGCCUUGAGCUUCUGAUCCUUCUGUGUCUACCUCCCAAAUGCUGGGAUGACAGAUGGCCACUUUUGUACCUGUCUCUGUGGUGUUGAGGAUCAGACUCAGGACUUCAUGCAUGCUAGGUGAGUGCUCUACCCACUUAGUGACAUCUCAAGUUCAGUGACUACAUUUUUAGUGUGCAAAAUAUAUUAAUAUAUGCCAGAUAAAAUUAGAUUUGCAAAUAAUGAAAAUUGCCAUCAGUUUGGUGAAUUCUACAAAUGGUAGAAUCAAAAUCUCAGUCAUGGAAUACAGCAACAAGAUGCAUGUAGAAAAAAGCAUGGCCCGAGGAUGCCAUUUGACUGGUCUGUCUACAGGGUAGCAUGAUGGCCUGGUUGUUGUUACCGAACUAAACUUAUGGCCUAUAAGUAGUAGGCAUGCUGUUGGCCAUCCAGAAUGACUACAACUUCAGCCAGCUACACUAAUAAUGCAGAUAGGGAAUGUGCCAGUGUUGAUAACGUGUGGACACCCUUGGCCGUGUAAGUGGCAGUGACAUUGCCAUACGAGAUGUACUGUUGAAGUGAACACUGGGACUGCCUGCGAGGACCUGCGGAAUAUUUCCAUCCCGGCCAGUAGUGCCCUCGUGAGGAGAGACACCUCAUGAAACCGAGUCGGGGGUGUGGUGUGCCCGUGUUGCUGAGAGCACCGCGGUGGCACAGGCCCUGUCCUCAUGCCUUUCCCAGCCAUUUCCCUGGAGCAGUUGGAUCGUCUUCCUCUUCUCACUUCAAGUUUUGUCUCCUUUUGAUUCCUGAAGAUGAAAUAUUCUUAAAAAUUACUGGUUUUUAAAAAUUUAUUUCUUUGGGUUUUUGUUGUUUUGAGACAUAGUUUCUCUAUAUAGCCCUGGCUAACAUGGAAAUUACUGUGUAGGCUAACCUCAAACUUGAAGUAAUUCUCUUGCCUCUGCAGUUCUGGGGUUACAAGCACAUGGCCCGGUACAGUGACCUCUGAUGGUUUUUAGAGUUCAGCCUCAGAUGAUGGUGCGCAUUUAGACCUAUUAUCUUUAAAGUGCUCUGAACCCCUUCUUUGUCUACCAGGUAAAUCCUCUGUUGUCUGGGGUCUCAGUAAAAAUGUAUGUUCUCAGUAUACACACAGCUAAAUAACCAGGCAGCUUUUAAUGUAGGUGACUUGUGGUUUUAGAAGUGUUUCUUGAUCUUAGGGGAGGGGAUUUUCCUAAGCGGUGGUUUGUAGGGACCCCGAUCCUAAGGAGAAUUACCUCUUGAAGGUAAUCUCCAGUGCGUGGCUGUUUCCUCACAGUGGUAGGGGUUUCUCCUUUGGAAUGUGCCAGUUCUUAGAAGUUUUUUUAAUAAGAUGCAUGUAUAGGAAGUGAGCAUUGAAGGCAUUUGUUCUACACUAACAGUUUUCUGUCUGCUGGAUGGACACUUGAACAGUUCUUUAGACUGUUGGACUGCAGUGGAGUGUGUGCUGAUAAUGGCCAGCAGUGGUUAGCAGUGGCCUCAGUAGUGGAGCACUUCCCUGGCAGUCUAAAGCCCUGUGUUUAGUCCCCAGCACUGCAUAAACCAAACCAAACAGCUCUCAGACGCACCAGUACUGUAACUGAAGCGACCACCCACAACUGGAUAGUGUCAGAACCAAGGACAACAGAGUCUUAGCAACAUCCUAAAAAGUGAGAAUCCAUGUUAGAACACUUAGCCAGUUGCUGUUCAGUGAUGACCUCGUCCCCUGCCAGGAUCCAGUGCUGGAGCAUUGGACCUCAGAAGAGGAGUUUGUGUCCUUGUCCAAGUGAAAAUCAGCAUAAACAGUCAUCAUUUAAGGAUUUGUUUGAAGUGCUCUUAAAAAUCCCCGAAUUUUGUGUGCAGAUGGGACACCUGCUGGCUCCCGCCCCGCUGUGGGUCCUGUUUGUUACUGUGAACUGGUGUUAGCCAUAACUGCACUCCAGUUAGGCCAAAGAGUCAGUCCUAAGUUCUUUUGAAAGAAGGUUUUUUAGAGUCGGCUGUCCUCUUCUGAUGCCAUUGGCGAUGCUGCUGCUUUGGCAUUCUAUGGAGCUAAAGUAUGGGUAUCGUAAGUAAUGAUUGUUGGGCCAUGGCACUUUAGCAUACCUGGUUAAAGUUGCAAUCUGAGUUUACUUACUUAAAUUUGGGUAGGAAUAUAGUCACGGAAAACGAAUAGCUGGUGUGUCCCUGCCUUUUCCAAGGAAGACCUCUCCCGUGUGGAUGCUGGAGAGCAAGAGCCGACAGCUGCUUGCCUGCAUUGGGCCUGCUUCCCUUCAUGUCAUAGGAGACAAAACUAGCAGCAUGCUUCAACUCCGCUCCUUUUUGAUACUUACAAAAUGUAUUAGGUUUUACUAUAUUGUGCUUCUCAAAGCCAUAACUAUUAAGCAAUUUGUUUUGCAUAUUGUUUGCUAAUACUUUAUUUUAAUAAACCUCAAAAUGUGCUUGCA